AUGACCAACAACCAUGGGGUUCUUCUAUCUGUACCACUUCGCCUUCUACCUUAUCACUACCGCUUCAACGGCCAGUACAGCAGCCUGGCGCUGGUCACCUCCUGGCUCUUCAUCCAGCACUCCAUGAUCUACUUCUUCCACCACUACGAGCUUCCUGCCAUCCUGCAGCAGAUCCGGAUCCAGGAGAUGCUGCUGCAGAACCAGCAGGCGGGUCAGGCCAACCAGACGGCCCUGCAGGACAACCUCAACAACAACCACGCUGCUGCUGCCGCGGGGCCCGCCGACGCCACCCCGCCAGGACCCGGCGCCACCCAGCCGGGUCCUCAGAUCGACCCCCAGCCCUCCUCCUCUCCAGCAGCAGGAGGCGGGGGGGAGGUGAGGUCGGAGCUGAACUGGGUCGCUCAGACGGCCGCCAUCAUCACUGAAGCUCUGUCCUCCUCAGACCAGCCCCCCCCCUCAGACCCCAUCGACGGAGUCAGCGGAGGAGGUGCGACUGGAGGUCAGGGGUCAGCAGGAGCAGCCGAGCCCAGUGUGGUGGCCGAGGUCUGGAUGGGAGGAGGAGCAGCAGCAGGAGGAGCAGCAGCAGGAGGAGGUCCAGUUGGAGGAGGUCCAGUAGGAGGAGCAGCAGGAGCAGCAGGAGAGUCAGCAGGAGGAGGUCCAGUAGGAGGAGCAGCAGGAGCAGCAGGAGAGUCAGCAGGAGGAGGUCCAGUAGGAGGAGCAGCAGGAGCAGCAGGAGAGUCAGCAGGAGGAGGUCCAGUAGGAGGAGCAGCAGGAGGUGACGUUGAGCCGAACGUGGUGUCAGUAGAAAUUAAAACCACAGCAGGAGGAGACGAUCCUCCAAUCAGAGGGCUCCAGCCGGUGGAGGCGGGGCCCCCAGAGGCGGGGCCCUCAGAGACAGACUGCCCCGCCUCACAGAGUCCAGGUACAGACUGGGACUGCAGAGCACUACAGCAGCAGAGCUCCGCACAGACCCCGUCCUGAGAGUCCAGGUGUAGUCCGGCUCACCUGUGUGACACAGUGCCUCAGUCUGUCAGCUGAUCAGGGAUCCAUCAGUGAUCAGCUGAUCGGGGAGGCGGUCUACCGUUGAUUGACAUUUUAGUUUUUAUUUUAAACAAAUGCUGAUUUAUUGAUUCGUCCAGUGUUUCCCAACCGGAGGGUCGGGGCCCGCAGGACGUCCCCAGACCAGACACGGUGAUUUCUAUUUUCACUCGACUCAGAACAAGUUCCCGAAAAUGUCUAUGUGGUUCAGCUGGUCUGGGAUCAGGUCUGGGGUCCCUGGGAGGAGACGUUACAGGUUCAGGUUUGGUGUUUUUGUUCUAAAAAGCUGCUUAUUAUCGAUGGAUGGCGGAUCAGCGCCGCCCCUCAGAGCGAGCACACCUGACCUCAGGUCAGUUUGUGCGAUUAAAUUAAUAUUUUCAGCUUCUUUUUAUCUGUUUAGUCUAAAAUCCACAACUUCUUAAUACGAUUAUUGAUCUGUAAGAUUUGUCUGUUUGUUUGGAGAUAAAACACGAAAUAAACUAAAGAAUCCUUCAGAGCAGAAACUCGACAGAGUCGGAUCCUAAUCAGAGUCCUGGAUCUGACUCUGAGCCUCUCAGCUCCACAAACAGUAAACCAUCAGUGAGCCAGGUCACAUGAUCCUUCAUCACACUUUAUCCUCACUCACCCAGACACCGUCCUGCAGACAGGAAGUCAGGGAAACCGCAGAUUGAUCCUUUAAAAUCAGCAGAACGUCACUUUAAACACUGAAACAGGGAAAUAAAAAGAAUUAAACCACUGAAAAUGAUUUUUUUCACGCUGCCGAUCAGUUGUUGAUCAGUCGGCCCUGAUCCUGACAGACUGAAGCACAAACUGUCGAUCUCUGUUUCCAUCUGCUUUAUUUUGAAGAAAAAGACUCUUUGAGAACAGGAAGUUGUUUUGGAGCGUCGGACUGAUCGAUCAGGUGGAUCGGGACUUCCUGUCAGAACGGAUGCCUUAUCAAUAAUUCAGACUGUCUGUGGACACUUCAGAGACGUCGGCGGUCGAUGGAGCUCAUUGGUUGUGCAAUAUGAUGCCUGCUGUGUCAGAGCUCAGGCUCCGCCUCCGGCCAGAGGGCGUGGCCUGUCACUGUGAUGCGUUCAGGGGACGUUUAGAGGUCUCCAGGUCUGUUCAGGUCUCUGGACCUGCGUCCUGCACGGACCCUCGCGGCUGAGAGGGAAACCGUUAAUUAAUAGAUUUAUUGACGAGUCCACAGAAACGUUUUAAUUAUCCAACACGUCUGUAACAUCCAAAUCUAAUCUAAUCCAAACGCAUCGAACGGGCUGAAAGACAAUCAGUCCGUUAUUAACGGAGUGCUCGCACACGCCGCCGCUCUGAAUCCGGCUUUAACCUCUGAAAUCAAACUGGGACCAGUCACAUGAUCACUGAGUUACUGCGAGUCUCCUGAACGCACCGCUGAUCACGUGAUCGAGCAUGUGUGUCUCGUUACCUGUUUUUUUUGGGUUUUUUUGUUUUUUUUCCCCAGAUCUCUAAGUUUGUGGCGUGCAGGAGGCGGAGCCUGUAGCGUGACAUCAGCAUCAGACUGUGGGGGUGUUGGGGGACGUAGUUUAGUUGUUUUCUUCUUCGUGCCUCUCUGCUGGAUGACUGUAGCCUCAUUAGUUGAUAUGAAGCCUGAAACUCAUCAAACUGUAUUUAACUGUCCAGUAAAACCAGUAAAACCAGUAAAACCAGUGCACAACCCGCCGUUUGCACCAAACUGUG